AUGCUGGGCUUAGGGCUCGAAUACCUCUCGUCCAGCGACGAUAGUGACCGCGAGCGUAAGGUAUCGAGUUCAUCCCCCUCAGCCACGGAGAAAGCACCAGUGGAGAAACCCGCCCCUGGCCUGAAGCGAAUCCGCAAGCUGCCUUCCCUCCCAUCCACCUUUGACUCGGCGUCGGCGGCGCACAACAACCCGUCCGCACACCAGGGCCGCGUAAGGUCCCGACCCUUCGCCGACGGUGACUAUUACGCCCACGUCUACGUCGAGCUCGAUGUCUCGGCUCCUCUUCGGCGCACCAUCGACGCCACUCUCGCGGAGGCCUCCUCUACCUGUGAGGUUCAUGCCCUAGUCCCCACCGACGGAAAGCUGCACGUCUCUCUCUCCCAUCCCCUCCCUCUCCGUCGUGAUGCGGUGAAAUCUUUUCCCUCUACCCUUUCCCGCACCCUCUCAGGUGCCGGGGCGUUCUCGCUGAGCCUGGCCGGCGCGCCAGUCGUAUACUACAACACCCUGGGCGGCCCGACUCAAGCGGCCGGGCGCGGAAAGCCAACCCCCGGCGCUCGCGCGUUCCUCGGCCUCCGUGUCGGUGCGGGGGCUAGGGAGCUCGCAGACCUACUCGGUAAGCAAGAGGGCGUGCUGGCCAAGAUGCACCUGCCUCUGUAUCAUGCUCAGCCCGAGUUUCACGCGAGCUUCGGAUGGGCGCUGUGUCCCUCUCCACAGGAAGGAGGAGAUAUCAAUCCAGAGGCCACGCCCUUCCCCGUUGGCCUCGUCGCGCGUCUUGCUCAGCACACCGAUCCCGUGCUCGCCGAGCAUCCGGGCUGGCACGUGGGCGCGCUGUGCGUCAAGGUCGCCAAGGACGUCACGCGCAUCCAGUUGUAG